GGGUUCAGACUUUGGGGAACAGGCUGUUGUCAUUGCUGAUAUAUCUGAAUCAAAUCCCCCAUUUCUUCUUAUACACAUGCAUAAAAGAUCAGUUUGUAAUGCGGAUAAAUUAGCCUUAAAUAUGUUGAUAAAACAGAAAAGAAAAGUUAAAAGUGAAAGAAUACUCAGCCAAACUGACAGUGUUUACGGUUAUAUUGUUCUUGUUGCUGUGGUGCUGGUCAGCUGGAUUGCACUGUACUCCUUCAUCAUCAUCAUCAUCACCAUCAGUGUGUCUGUGGGCAGCUGCAAACAAAAAGUGGUGGGUUUACUGGUCACACUGCUGUCUUUGUUCUGCAGAAGAAGAAACAAACAGUCACGUUUCCACCAGAGUGAGGGAGAGAGAAAGAAAAUAGCCCGCACACACACACACACAUACACACCUACGCAGAAACACACAAACAACGUGGUGUGGUUAUGAUUGAUGUUGACCUUUAUGGUAUCUUUAAAGGAUAAUGAUGACCUUUCAAAGCAUUUCAUGAGACUGGAGAAGUUUUCUUUUGCAUACAGUUGACACUGUAGAUUUGUAUUUUCACUAAUAAAUGAUGUAGUCUGCAAUUUAUUUUCAAGUCACUUCUCAUUGUCAGGAAAAGAACAUUUUAGUACUGUGUAGGACCCUGACAAAACGCCUAAGAAAUGGAAUAAACAAAAAAGGCACUGACUUUUUGUCAACAUCUUAAGCCAUGUAGUUUUACAGUCAGAAUGAGACAAAGAGUGAAGAUAAAAAGACAAAAGUGCCUCUAUUUCUGUGUCUUUUUUGGUGGGUGUUCAGCACUUGAUCAGCUCUGUUUCCUCCCAUCACAUCAGACACGCGGAAACAGAGCAGCAUCUGUUGAACGCGCUUAUCUGUCCUGCUCAAGCCAAUCAGCCGACCUCUGACGGAACUUCCCGAACGAGCCCGAACCGAACUGAUUCGACGGAACAAGUAUAAACGGACAAACUGCCACCGAUAAGCGAGAAAGUCGACGAUUAAACCACAAGCAAACGACGAAAAGAAGAAACAGCAGGGAUGACGGCUCUGAGCAGCUGGGAACUGUGCGUCAAGUACGCCCUCUUCAUCUUUAAUUUCGUUUUCUGGGUGAGUAACGAGAUAAAAUUCAUAUUUGAUCGAAAGCCGAGCAUGAUUGAUACAGUUCAGAAAUUACCAAGCGAGAGAUAAGCAGCUACUUCCUUUUUUUUUAUGUAUUUAUUUUUUAAAUAUUUAUAUAUAAUCAAGUGUUUUCUUUAAAUCGUGUAAGUAUUUCUUUAAUAACUCAUUAUCAGGUGCUGUGAAAUCAACCGCCAUUUAGACGCUGAGAAGUUAGCAAGAAAUUCAACAGCCGUGUGUGAUAAUGUUUUUUUGACUACAUUAGUCCUAAAAAAAACCUGAAGGAACAUUUGUACUGAACUUAUAAAUUGUAUUUUGGAUUUAAUAUGUAUUUAUACAGGCCUGUGUAGCCUAAAUAUUUUCUUUAAAUAUCUGCUAAUUUGUUGUUAUCCCUUGAUAGCUAAGUUUGAGUGUUUUGAAAGGUGUCAUUAAAAAUAAUAAUCUUUAUUUUUACAUGGCAAAUGUCAUAACCUGACCUUUACUUCUUGUGAGAUAUGCUCAGUGGACUGUUAAGAAAUUAAUUUGAUGUUUACCAUCAAACAAUGCAUUGUAAAUUUUUCGCAUUUGCACUGCCUUUGGUCAUUUAAUGGGCUUUUUAGUGUCCAGUUCAGCAAUGAUUUUAUUAUAGUUGGGAUUUUAACUUUCCAUGGGUUUUAUGGAAAGAAAACAGUUGUGUUUUUAUGCAUGUUACAUUAUAGACUUGCCACCAACUUAAAUCUUAAGUAAUUUCUAAUUUUUUUUUUUCACAUAAUCCUGGAGACUGAUAAUUGCUGCAUCCGCCUCAGGAGAUUCUGACCUUUAUUUUUGCUCCAUUAUUUAGUACCACAUGUAGUUUUGUGUCAUUCGUGAACGAUUCGUUCAAAAGAACCGAAUAUUUUAAGUGAACGUACUGCACCGAAUCACUUCCUCGAGUGAUUCGUUCGUUUCUCACUUCAGUUGAGCUGAAGUAAGAAACAGAAUUGCCAGGCCAGCAGCCAGCGAAUGAGGGACCACAUGCACCGAUGUCUGAAUCACUUGGUGAAUGAAUCGAGCAUUGAACUACACUCUCUGGAAUCAUUUUUGUCGGACAAAACUACCUUUUUUUCACUGCUAAAUUGCCACCACAACAACUUUCAUCCAAUAGGACACAGCAUCUGAACUGAAUCCUGAAACGUUCAGCUGUGUAUCAGUUCAGAUGGUCAGAGUCGCAGGCUUCUCCCACUAAAUGAUUCUGCAAUUUAACGAAUCGUAACGAAUCUUUUGAACGAAUCUUUUUAGUGAACUGGUUCUAGUGAUUCAGUACAUCUAAAUGAACUGCUGUGCCCAUCACUAACCACAUGUUCUCACUGUUUUCAAUUAGCAUAACAUAUGGAAAAGGGGCGUGUCUCAGUGGAGUUCAAUGGACUGAAUUAGUUUGCUAAUAGGCUUGUGGAGUUUCUGUACAGGAUUUGUCAGAUAACUACAUGAAAUUUGUAAUUCAGGCGAGGUUAUUCAGAGAUUGGUCAGUGCAUCUUCAAUAAUUCUGAGACCAUGAAGCAAAAGUAAGUUUUCUACAUUGUUUUGCCCAACAUUUGUUAAUGCUUUAGUUCGGGAACUCCUUGAAAAAAAUUUUCACAUUUUCCCUGAUAGGAAAACUCUGCAAUGUAAGAAAUCUUAGCAAGCUUUGGGAGAAUUUUGAACCUCUUUAGCUUAACAGAUAUAAUCCAGCAGGGGGCGUAUUGUAGCCCAAUCUAACAUGAGAGGACAACAAUGUUGUGCUAUACAUGCUUCAGUCUGUCUCCUUGAACAAUCUCUUUGUUUGCUGUAUGUUUCCUGGAUGAAAUAUCAUUUUCAACACAAACAUCCAGUCUGAAUCUGAAACCCAAAUCUGACAGGUUGUUGCUCAUUUACCAUUCAUCUGACUAAAUGGUCAGUCACUUGUGGCAGGGUGAGGGAAGAAGCGAAGCAGCACAGACUGGAAGAGGGAGAAAGUGAGAUCGGGAGGAGCUUACAGGCAGCUUGGAAACAAAGCUGGUGUUGUUGGAUUCACUGUGCCUACUGGGAGCAGAGAGCAGCUCCAUUUACUUUAGCAAACACUGAACCCCAGUCGUCCCAGUAGGUGUGUGUGAAUACACCUGUGAGGCCUUUUCAUGUCUUGUCAUCCACAUUAAUCUCUGCUCCUUGUUUAAUUUUAGAUUAUUUUCAACCAGAUAGAUUUUUUUUUUUUUCAUGAAAUGGGUCAUCUAGUUUAUGAUUUAUUCCAUAAUACAAGUUUUAUUUUCAUUUUACUCUUAUGUGUGUCUCCAAAUCAGAGUAAGAAUAUUUUAUUCUCAGGGGAGAAAUUCGGUCAUCUCCUCCUCUGCUGCUGUUUCUGUUCGUACGUCAGGCUCAGAGUUCCCAGAAACAUACUCAUGGUCAUCAGUUUGGAUAAUUUAGUUACUGUUUAAUGUCAUUUAUCAGGAGAGGAUACCAAAGAUUCUUUGUUUCAUGACUCUAAAAUUACCCGACUUUCUUGACUCCAUUUAGUGUCCCAGCAUUUCGAAGAAAUACAAGCAUCGAAGAGUUUCACUUUUAAACAUUUACAUGUCAAGUCAUUCACAGAGCAGAUUGAUUGAUGGAGUCAGAUUCUUUUUUGCAUUUGAUAAAAUACAACAAUUUGAUAAUAGUAAAAGCCAUUAUUCCAUGGAGCUUAUACCACCUGGUUAUCCUCUCCCAUAUGCUGGCCAGUCAGAUGGAUUUUAAAUUAGUUCAUGAUAUAGACAAACUCAUCUGGUAAUGGUAUAGAUUUAAGAAUAUGACAUAUUUAUAUCAGCAGACAUAUUAAACUUAAUUAUUCUACACAUCAUUAAAGAUUAUAUAUUAAAAUCUUGUAAGUAACUGUCAGAUUAGAUAGAUACAUUUUUUAUUCAACCUCAUAAGCACAUGAUAAUUUUGAGUAUAAAUUCUAAAUAUUUAAUUUUUUUACACAUAUAUUUAUCUUACCUUCGCUUCUGCAUUUCAAUCAUAUAUUCUUUUUACCUUCAUGUAAGAGGAUAUUUCAGAUUUCUUAAGAAUACAAAUUUAUCUUUUUUGUUGCGUCAGUGUUGUUUCUGUAAGUUAGUGUGUCUAAACAGUAGCAGCACUGCAGCACAGUUGCUUUAUUUAUCCGUCUUUAUUUAGUACUUGAAUUGUUAAUUGCUUUCACCUGCAGUGAUUUACCCUCAGAGUUGUCUGCCAAGAUCCACAGAGCAGAUACUCCAGCAGAUACUCCCUCCUCCCUCUCUCUCUCUCUCUCAUACCCCCUCCUUCCUCUCCCAGUCAGUCCCUCCCCCUCACUUCCGAAAUACACCCAGGUGAGCAGCCCUUUAGGUGUGGCUCUCACAAAAGUACGGCAGCUCCACUGCUCUUCUUUUCACUCUUCUUCCCACAUACUAAGGAGACAGACUAUCUCUCGAGUGGAGGACUUUACUCUUCGGACUUUUCUUCGUAAAAACACAUAAAUCUUGAGCCAUGGGGGGACUGCAGUGCAUCAAGUACCUCAUGUUUAUAUUCAACUUUCUCUUCUGGGUAUGUAGUUACUUACAUUGUUUUGUGUUUCCUGUGGUUGAUAUAUGACACUGUGGUCGGUGUGGUUAAAAGAUUCAGUUUUUUCUCGAGUUGAAACAAGUUUCGGUGAUUGGGAGCAUUGUUUGAAUGAGCUUUAACUCUUUCAACUUUAGGUUGAGCUGUUGUUCGGUGAAGUAUUUUGAAAAUAAUCAGAGGCUGGGUCUCUUUUUACCAUCGUGUUGGUAACAUGUAGGUUUUCAGAUUUGAUUUGAAGUGGGUUUGAGAUCGCUUCAGUCAAAAAACAACAGCUGAAUCGAUGAAUUAACCAAGGCUGGAAAUGUAUCUUCCUACACAAAAACUGGAGAAUUAGGUCAUUGAAUUCACCUGGGGUGUGUGCUGCCUCUUUUUGACUUGAGGACAUUGUGGAAGUGGAAAAAUUGGCUCAUGCUUUGACAAAGCAGUGCCUGGCAUGAAAUCAAGGCACAUGUGAUGAUUUGGCGCCAACGCAAAAGAUUUUCCAACCAAAUAAUUUUCAAGUUUAAUCACUGGAAUGAUGUUAAAUUCAUCUGAACAGUUAAUUCAUCUGUACUACUGAAGAAAGUUGAUUUAUGCUCCAGUGAGGAGUUUAUUUAAAGUUCAUGAAAUAAACAAAAUUUCACACUGAUGUCUUUCCAUGACGUACAAAAGCAAAAAAGACCAUCAGUGACAAGAUUUAAGAUUUUUUUCUUGAGUAACGUUUAAUGUCUGAAGGGAGGUAGGUGUCAAACAAAACUGAUGAAAAGUCAAACUUCUCACAGGAGCUUUAAGCCAGAUAAUUUAUUUAGCAGAGAGUUGAACGUCCUAUAGAUUCAGCUUCUCAAACUUGGACAAUGUGGUGUUUUAAAUCUCUUUCUUUUUUCCUCUGUCAAACAACAACAAAAAAAACCAUCUUAAACUUAUCUUUGAUCUGGGGAGAUGUUUGACUUUUUAAUUUGACUUAAGGCAAUUUUGAUGUCUCCCGUGGGCAAAGCAGUCUUUUCUCAUCUUGUCCUCCACACGCUAACAAUGUGUUUAGACAAAAAAAAUCUUAUCCUGCUGACAUUUGAGAGUCGGAUGUAUCAUUUAUUGUGAAUGUUAUGUGAAAUCCUUUUAAAAUAAAGAUGUUUCUGUAGCUGCUUGGCUGACACCUCUCACUCAAACGUAGUAUUAAAAUGGUCUUGCUUGCUUUUGUAUCUCAUUAAGAGGCCUCAACAAAGGAGUUUGAAGAAUAAAAUAAAAUAAAUUUGGGCUUGAUUGUUCAGUCUGACAGGGUUGGCAUUAGCUGGAAUAAACGGCUUUUAAAUAAACUGUCAAGUUACAAGACUUGACUUACUGGUGUGGCUGGACUCUUAAGUCUUUGUGGUGAAAUGAAAGUUGAAAUAUUGUUGCGUGUGCAGCUCCCAGUAGACAGGAUGUUUUCACUAGCUAUCAUGUACGUGUCAAGGACACAGGAUUUGUGACUGAGUUUGUUUCAAAGUUAAACAUUCAGAUUAUUUUUGACACCAUUCUUCCUGCUGAAUACAUAUCAAGCUUUUGACCACUUUUUAUUAAAACAAUCGUAGAAGAUUUCAAGCUGCUGUGUUUGUACGGCUCAGUUGGAUAUCAACACUAGAGUUUGAGUUGACUAAGCAUGAGCUGAUUAGCUUCAGCUGCUUCAUUCAUGAUUCAUCAUCACUGACUCAUUCACCAGCUGUUUGGCUGUUGGUGAUGAGUGUCGACCAAUCAAAUUUAAAUACAGGUGUACGAGUCAUCUGUAUCUUAAUCUGAUGAUUGGCACCUUGCUGUUCCACAUGUGGCUGUGCUCGUUUGUGGUUUAUUGAAUGAUACUGGUGCUGUAGUGAAAAAUGUAGAUGAGAUUAAUGUUUAGAAAAUAUAAAAUCUUGUUCUCCAUAAAAUAACUGUAAAACAUUAUGAAUAAAACAAACGAAGUUUUUUUUUCAUUAUCUGUAAGAUUUAGGUGUCACAUUAAAACUAAACUAUAAUAUAAUCACUUCUGUACAUGUAUUGUGAUACCUGUAUUCAUCACUACAGGUGCAGUUAGUGAAAUUUAAUGGAGUAGAGUUGAUAGAUGUAUAUUCAAAAGUACUUUAAUUAGUGUAUACUCGUCUGAAUAUUACAAUUAUUAUUUUUUUGCAAAUCAAAUAAGUUUUUUUGUAUUUCUAUUGGAGAGGAGGCGGCCAUGUUCUACUGUAGCACAGAGCGCACCAUAGUAACGUAGUUGUUUUGCUUUUAGUGAGUGGCUGCACAAAAUACACCAGCUGGAAGGCGGGGAAAAAGAGGUUAUGAGCAUAUUGUAUUAUGAUUUUUGGAGCAGAAAAAAUAAACAAAUGGAGGAUCAAACUUAUUUUAUACUAGAAGAGUUUCUGGUCCUCCUAAAGCUACCGUUGUUUCAUGAGCAGGAGGGGUAAGCAAAGGACCCCAGUCUAGAAUCUGGCUGCUAGAUUGUACUUUUUUAAUAACCAACAUAAAUAUUUUGAGUUACUCAGUCAUAUGUUUAAGUGAAACAAGAUCCUUUAGCUUUUCUCAGACUGUUUACAUUUUUAAUUGUCUUUUUAGGUUUGCCAUCUCCAGAUCCAACACCCUGCGAGCCCGUAUUUUACUACCUGACAGUUUUUCAAUUUCUCUGCUGCAUGAUAACCAUUAUUUCGAACCAUCAUAACUCCACCUCAAAUGUUGAAUAACUUUGUCUACUUUAACCACUUUGUCUUGGACUGUCAGUGUGACUCUCCAUCUUCUAUCCCCCUGGCACCGUGGUUGUAAGUGACGACUGGCCUCAGUCAUGAGUGAAUUAUUGGUGUCCGAAAGUGAAGGGGCUGAAUCUAAAACAACCACAGUUGUACUUUAAGUGAAACAUAAAACUUGGACAGCAUGCUAUAGGUUUUACUAGAUAUAGGCUUGACUGACAAAGCUCCACAUGGGUGCAGUUCAUUUACCUUAAAUCUAGUCUUGACGGUGUUUAAGGCAUGUUUGACUAACUUUAAGAGUCACUCAAGCUAGUUUGGUGUGUUUUCAUCAGUCAUACUGAGAGGGUAUUGACCCCCUGAAACAAAAGGACAUUGUCUGAGCUGCCACUUCAUGAAUGAUCACAUUCUCAGUGUGAUAUUUCAGAGAUUCUUCACCUGCGAGAGUUUUAUCCUAAAUAUCCACACCGCCUACUGUAUAAUUAUGAUGAUAACCGGUUUAUGGUGUUAGAGGAACACUCUCAUGACUGUUGGCUAAGGUUUAAUGACUGUUUUGAACAUUUGAGUCUGCAGUUUUACCGUGUAAUGAUGCCACAGACGGCUAUAUGUGGACAAAUGAGAUGACAGCAGAGUAAAUAAUGGUCCAGUGACUCUGAGGAAAGCCCCACCUCCUAAAACAUAAACAUCAGAUUAGAUUAGCUGCGUUUGUCUGAGACAAAGUGUACUGACAAAGUUGCUGGUAGAUGAUUGUCUAUGAUUGAAGUAGUUUAGUUGUAUUUUGUAUUUACGUGGGAGAUAUGCACAGGUCAAAGUGUGAAAACUGUUAUGCCACUAAAAGCCUCUCAGUAAUAAUUCAUUUCUUGGUUGUGGUUGUCUCCGCAGAGCUAAUGGUUCUGCUGAGUGCUUUUCUGUGCCUAAUGAGAGCAAAUGGGAAUCUCAGGGGAAAGAGGUUGUUUUCUUCCAGGAUGAUGCUGCACAAACACCACAACUCUCCUGAGAGUGUUUACUGUACAUUAACACCAACAACCAUUCAUCAUUCAGGGCACUUGAGUGUUCUGCUUCACGGCUGUUUUAUCCUUAGAGAGCACAUAAAGAAAAUAAAACGAUACUGCCUGAUAAACUUAAUCUGAUUCGCUGACUUCUCCUUGUGUGUAGAUGGAGGAAUCGUAGAUCUAAGUUGGGCUAAUAUAUUUAGUAAAAACAGAGAUUUAAGUCCAGGGAAAUCAGGCUAAAAUGUUUCAUUUGAAAGAGUUCUGUAGGCUGAUUACAAGAGUGUGUCAAUGUCACAGCUGAUAUUAAAAAAAAAUUAGUGACUUUUUCAGGACACAGUAGAAAAGGUUAGAAGAGAGAGCUCAAUGUUUGAAGACCCAGAGGAUAUUCUUGCUCAAUAUUUACAUUUACACAACGCUGACAAGCAUGUCACCUUGAAAAACAGCCUCUGAAAACGCACUACAGAAACUGACACUAUUGGUUGUCAGUUUCUGUAGUGAGUCUUUAGAUUGUUAUUUAAAUAAAACAGAGUAAAUGGAUGUUUUUAACAAUUUUUAAAAAUAACUAAUUUACAAAUGUAAAUGCAGCACCCUAGUGUUGGCACACAGAAAGAUUGGAGAUCCAGCGAUACUUAAAUAAGCUAAUAAUGAGUCGAUUUAAACAACUCUCUAGUAUUUCUUUGCUGUGAGUAGACUUGUGUGCCUCAAGCUGCCCUUACUUCAAAUUGAACCUCUUUAUAUCAGCUGACCGCUAAUGCAGCCUCUAAUUGGUUAACAGACCAAAACAAAGAUUGCAGCUUUUAUUCUGCAUGGUCAACCUACAAUAUUUCACUAACAUUUGUACAGAAAUAAGUACAGAAUCCUGAAUAUACAGAGUUUUGUGACUCUGGAAAGCUGCGGUCUCACAAAGCGAGUAGAUUUUAGAGUUAACUGCUACAUCCUCUCAUUCUAAUGGGAUAUGAUAGACCUAAUAAUAAUAAUAUGCCGUUGAUCCUAUUCAUGAAAAAAGCAUAAAUAUAAGAGUCACAGUUUCUGUAAAUAUAUGUCCAGGAAAUAAAAAAAAGAAAAACAUGUCCUAAACAAACUCUGCUGUGUUUGAUUAUGAGAACCGCAGCUUGAGCUUGAGGCUACAUUUGAUGGUUGUGAAAGAAGUCAGGGCGUGUCUGUGUAAUCUUGCUCGCUCCGACUCCACUGUUCAAUAGUGACAAAUCAGUGCUGAGUUUAGUCAGAGUUUACAGGGUGAGCUGUUGUGAUGAUGGAUCUUUGGGUGUGGUGGGAGUUACCUAUCCAUGGACAAUUAAAUACACUCUUCUCACCAUUUUUCCCCAAAUCCUCUUCUUAUUCUGAGAAACAUGACAUGUAAUAAUCUGUUGAUGGAUAUUUUCCGAAAAGAAGAUCCAUGCUUCUACCUGAAGUGAUUAAUAGAAUGAUUUUGUUCUUUUUUCCAAAAAUACAUCCAAAGUUUUGUGCAGCUUGUUCAAACAUGACUUGCCUGGAUGAUCUGAAAAUAUUGGAUUGUGUCCCGAUCACUAGCUGUUAUGUCAAAUCUACUUUCAAUUUGACAUCGCUGAUGACUAAGAAAGCAAGUAGUUAAUGAAUUUGGGAAAACAAAUCAUAAUGGUAUUGUGGGUAAAUCCAUCCACAACACCUCCAGAUUCCUCAGAGACAUUGUCAGUAGUUGGUGCUCCCUUUUUUCCCUUACGUAACCUCAUUUGAGUGCAGAAAUUCAAGAGUUUUCACUGAGAAUAAACAAACUUUUAAGGUGUGAAAGUUUUGUAAACAAGCCCAGUGAGCACUAUCCAGGAAAUCUGAUAGCAGGCAGGACGAAAUAAGGCCUAAAUGUCGAUGAAAUUUGCAACAGGCAAAGAAAUCCCAGUUCUUCUGAUUAUGAGAUUUCUGAGAAAUGAAAGGACACAAACAAACAUGACAGCAACCCUUGAAUGUCAUUUUCCAGAAGUCAUUCCAACCCUACCCGUGCAAAGAUGAAGUCGUAUCUGAAUCUGAUAGUUUGUUUAAAUGAGAAUGGUUGGAUGUCCAAGUAAGUCCCUCAACUUUUCAUGAAGUGUAAACUGUGAGCGUGUCACAAUAAGAGACACGUCAUAACAAUUCAUAACAUUGGCACUGUUUUUCCCUUCAUAAUACUCAUACCAGUGCCGAGACUUGAGUGGUGUCCAAACCUGGAAUCUGAAACUGGGUUUAGGUUUCUGUUAUAGAGGAAUACCUGGAAGCUGGUGAAAGAAUCUGUUACUGGGAUCAACAUCUGGGAAUUUUCAGAGUCUAACAGGUCUCAUUAGUCUUGUUUUGUUCAUUUUUGGUGUCAUGAUCAGUUUGAAUGUGCUUGGCUGAAUCAAACUGUGCAGCUUAGUCUAUUCAUUGACUUUUAGAAGAUCUCUGGGAGGAUUAUUGUGAUCCUAACAGUGAGUUUAAUAUUCAUAUAUGAUCAGGAAUACUGUUCCUGCUGUUCUCUCUAGACAAAUUUGUAAAACAGUGUGUAGACAAUGACUCACAAGAUGGUUCAUCACCUAUUUCCUCAGAUUUUUCCCUCUGUAGGCUGAGGUAAGGAGGCGAUGUUGUCAUGUUUUCAUUCUGAUUCACGGUCAGCAGACUGCAGUCUGAGGACGUGUUGGGGCAUAAUGCUGCUGGUUAGCGCGGGCGCUUUAUGUGUUAUCUCUCCUUGCACAACGACAGACGUCAGAGUUACGCUGAGUAAACUCAAUGGAAGUUAUUUGGGCGGUAACAAAGAGUUGACACAAACUUGUGUUUUGUGGUUGCCGUGGUGAUACUAUUUCUGUGGUUAAGACUUACUCAAAUAUAGAGAUGGCUAUCUUUUGUUUGUUUUUAUGCCCAUUUUACAGUCAUACCUUUUAAAAUACAGGAAUGUUGUAGACGCCUUGAUUUUGAUCAACGGGUUGAUAUGUCUAGUUAAACUUGACCGGCUGGUUGUUGAUGAGGUUUUUCUGGGUGGGUUGGUUGUAAAGGGGAAUGUGUGGGGGAGAGUUUUCAGCGUGUUUGACUCUUCAACUUCAGUGCAGAAAGCUGGCACUUAACCAGCCUAAACAGUCAUUCUUUUAGGCCUGAAGAAUGACUGUUUUUGACUGUUCAAUGCUUUGGUCAAAUGACAACUCAAAGCUUUAGCUGCAUAUGUUAAGACACCAUAAAGUCACAUUUUCUCUGGUUCUACUCUUUUGUGUUUGAGCGAAAUUAAUGUGAUACUGUUUUGUAUUUAACAACUCCCAACUUUCAGAUAAAGUACCCUCAUUUCAGCCAUUUAUGUGCAGAAAAAGUCGACUGGUUUAGAUGAUGAGAUGCAGAAUUAGGGUUAGGGUUAGCUCUUAUUCAUUUUUAAAGACUAAAAUAUUCAUGUCUUGACUUUGGGAGAGUUCAGAGAUUAAUAUUUGGUGGAGUAGCCCUCAAUUUUGAUGACUUCCUUUUUAAUAUUUUUAAUGUUUGUGUUAAAAGUUUACAGUGAAGAGUUAAAUUAAACUUCUUUUUUCAUACUGUGACCCUUUUUUUCUGUCUUAUUCAGCUGGCAGGUACAGCAGUGCUGGCUAUCGGUCUCUGGCUGCGUUUUGACUCCAGGACAGCAGGACUGUUUGAAGGAGAGGACGCGCCCACUGUCUUCUUCACUGGUAUGACCCUUACAAACACAUUAGAUGCCUCAAUGUCUUAGAUGCAUGAGUUAAAUAACAUCUGAGUGAAGUUAUCAAAUAUUUCCCCAAUAUUUCAUGUCUUGAAGUCUUCACUUUUCUUGUCCUUCAAUGUUGCAGAGUGCAUUUCUUUGAACCCAAAGCUGUUUGAGGACGACACUUUUGGCUCUAGGAAAUAAAUUUUUCAGUUUUCUUGUUUUUGUUUGACUUUAUAACUCAAUCAGUCAAAAAUAAGAACAAUAGACAGUAUAAUUAAUGAUGAAAAUGCUGGUUAGUUGCAGAACUGGAGGCUCUUGAUAAAUCCAACUCACGACUUUUGUGGCUCUCUGAAUUUGCACAAGGAACCCUCCAAAAAGUCUGUUAUUUUAGGGGUUUCUUCAUACCUCUCAGGGAUCUUUUUGAAGCAACAUGAAAGAGCGAAGAAGCCUGCAAGAGAGUGAAAGAAUAUCCAACAGGAAGUUUGAACACCAAGUCAAACUUGAUCUAAUUUUUGAGCCUCAUCCUCGAUCUUGAAUUGAUCAGAUGUGACUGAGCUGGCGUUGCUUUAUUAACAGGGAUAUUAAAAUCUAGAAUCAAUCAGGUUUACAGACAGUUUGCAGACCGUUUUAAGAGGGCAGCUGAGGCCAGCUUCGGCCCACAGCGAGGCGGCUCCUCGGCCUGGCAGAGCCGUCCACACAUAGCUCUCAUUCUUCCUUUCUUCACAGGGACGCCUUUGUCUCUCCUGUUUUGUGUAUUCUGAGAAAUACAGACUGACUCGCUCCCGUCUUCUCUUUGUGUCUCUCCUCCAUCAAACUGAUAAGUGGAGUGGGCUGCUGGGCGACAGAAGAUUGUUUUGAAAUAACAAACAUGUUAGUAGCAGCUUUGGGGGAAGGCGACAGAGGAGGAAUAUUUAUGUGAACCAUGACAUCAGAGCUGCAGUUAUUGUUCUGGUUAAUCAUCUCAACACCACAUCAAACUCCAGAGUCCCUCUUUUUAAUAUGAUGUUUGGACAUUAACAUAGCAGUGUUUGGAUAUUGAUUUACAGCUUUUAGAUGAGAUUUUUUGCUGUUUGUUUAAAUGAAAACCACAUCCAAAGAGAAUGACAAAAACUUCCCCUGACUUUUCUGGAGCGUCUCUCUGGAUUAGCUCUAAUUUUGUAUGUAAAUAUCUGAUGCAAAUGAAGGAAAAGCAGAUAAAGACAAAGUGUACGCAAAUCACAAAUACAGUCGAGUACUGAGGGUUUAAUUUUGUUCUUGAUACCUCUUAAGUUUGUACAAACUCUGGAAAGCAUUUAAAAAGCUCAUGUUGAACAGCUGCUUUUUUCAAUUACGGUACCCAUCUUGGAGCCAAAAAGUGCAACCAGUCCUCUAUGUUUGUGCUUAAUUUCUUAACAAGAGGAGGCACACCAUCCACUGUAAUCUGUUCAGUCAAUGUGCACGAUCAACAAUGUGGAACAGUUCAUAAAAACAUUAGAAAAAGAAUAACCUCUUUGCUGUAUUUGUUGGUAAAAUAAGGUUUAAUUUGAGCUUGAUGUUCUGUGAUUGAUCCAAAACUGUUCAGAUGUUGUCCAGGUGUGAUGAUAACAGCGCAAAAGCAUGUGAAAAAUUUUUAGUUUUUUUUUCUUAGCGCUGGAAUUUUCCUCAAAAAUCAUUCACCCGUUCUGAUCUGUGCUUCGUUUCCCUGCAGGUGUGUACAUCCUGAUCGCAGCCGGAGCUCUGAUGAUGGUCGUCGGCUUCUUGGGAUGCUGUGGAGCCAUUAAAGAGUCGCCGUGCAUGCUGGGAUUGGUGAGUGACUCUUCAUAUUAAGCAAUAUCAGCAGCUCAAAAUCAGCCCAUUAAGUUCUAUGAUACGUGUUAUCAAAAGUUUGGUUUAAGUGACUGUUUUUCUUUUCUCUUUUUUAGUUCUUCCUCUUCCUGCUCCUCAUCUUUGCUGUGGAGGUGGCUGCCGGGAUCUGGGGACUCUCCAACAAAGACCGGGUACACACACACCAGCACAUACAAAUCUUUAUUUUAGGUGUGCAGAUUCAGCGUUGAGUCAUUAAUACUUCUCUUCCCUCGUCCUCGUCAGGUGGUGGAGGACGUCACAGAGUUCUACAAACAGACCUACACUAACUACAAAGACACUCGACAGGAGGCUCUGAAGGAGACCCUGAGGCUAAUCCACUUUGGAGUAAGAACUCACACCUGAUCACCUGGCUGUUAUGUAUACAGUAGCUUUUUCUUUUGACUUACACCUGGAAGAUAAACUAAAUUUGGUUAGAUGUCUAUAAUUUAUCCUUAACAAGAGAUUAUUUUGGAUAAUUUCACAAUAUGUAUCACAAAUCUAAAUGCAAGAUGUAAAGUCUGUUUUAAUAGGAAGUAUAGAAUUUGUUUUAGAUCAUACAUGAUGAACCAAAAAUGAAUACUGGUUAUGUUUCUAAUACAAAAUCUUGUGGUUCUUCCUCACAGCUGGACUGCUGUGGUCCAACAGGGACUGUGAUCGAUGCCGCUAAAGAUAUCUGCCCCAAGAAGGAGGGACUGGAGGUCCUCAUCACCACGGUAACAACUUACAGGGUUUCUAAUUGACUUACACAGGGUGCAGUCAGUGUCACAUGGAGAUGUCAUAGACAGUUUUGUCGCUGUGAUUUGUGAACUUUUGGGGUUUUGUUUGUUUUCUUUUCAUUCAAGAGAGAAUAACAUUUCUUUUUAAUAUUACAAUCUCACAGUGUCAGACUUCUCAUUACUCUCUAAGUCACUUUUCAAUUUGAAAUCUCUGUUUUAAUAUAUGAACAACAGAACAGGGGAGCUUAUUCUGACAUGGUGCAAAAGUCCUAGAGGGAUACAAAAUGAACCUAAUUAGAUAAAGAGGAGUAGGUUGUCAAAGAAUUCAGAGUUUGCUGAACUCAUAUCUUACAGGUUUGAUGUGCUCAGCCCAUUUAGUCAAGAUCUUAUCAAACUUUUCGUUCUGCACUUGGAGAAAAAACAUCUUGUUGAUCUUAUGUCCAAUAUCAGUCUAUUCCUCAAUGGUAGUCGGUUAUCUACCAUAGAGGAAUAGGGUGGUUUCACACCAAGGAUCCAUGCCUGGGUUCGAGUUUGUUGGAUCAUGGACUCAACACUGUGAUAAUAAAAUCCGAUCAUUUCUGCUGGUGUUUCAGAGUUGUCCAGCUGCCAUAGACGAGAUGUUCAACAACAAACUUCACAUCAUUGGCGGGGUCGGCAUCGGUAUCGGCGUCAUCAUGGUGAGUGUGUGAUUAACAGUCGAACACCUUAACCAAACUUGAUCUUAAACACCUUCUUUUGACCUAAAGUGAGAGGAUUUAACCAGAGAGAAGUCCAAAGGGAAUCAGGCUUUAAAGUCUUGAUUUGGUCAGUAGGAUCUAAAACACUGUAAAGAAACAGAAUUCACUCACAUCACUCUCUGUGGACGCUGGAGUGAAAAAUGUUUGAGUCAGAGAGAGUUGAUUACACGAGGAAAUGAAUCAUUCAACAUGUUUUAUAUGUUGAACUUUGACUUUUUUUUGUUCCUGUUAUCUGAUGCAGACCAUUCGUCUGUCACCUUUUGCUCUAGUGUUGGUUUAGUGUUUAAUUUUGGACGGGAAACAAGUGUGACAUUCAUGAAGUGCUGUCACUUAGUCUGAGUAAAUAUUUGUUUCUGAGCUUGUUUCAGGUUUUUUUUUUUUCUCUUAAAAACCAACAACCAUCCAGAGUUUCUGUUUUCGGUCUUUUUCUCUGUUUUCCUCUCUUUUAUUUUUUCGUCAUUUUUAAAGUUUUGUCUGACACUUCAUAUCUCGUCUCUUUCUCCUCAGAUCUUUGGGAUGAUCUUCAGCAUGAUGCUCUGCUGUGCCAUCAAGAGGUCUAGGGACUAUGUUUAAACCACCACAAAAUCAUCCAGACCCCUCCUCCUUCUCUUCCUCCUCCAUCAUUAACUUAUGUAUCCCUGUGUUCCUAACCUCUGCUUUAGAGUUUAUCCGUUUAAUAAUAGCCGGUUAGUUUGAUCUUAGUUUGGGUCCAUACAGGAGGAAGCACCAACCUGUGAGAGUAUGGAGCCUUUUUAUUAUUAUCUCAGCUGACUGAACAAAGAGGUUUUUUGGUUUAGUCGAAGUAUAGUAAGCUGUCAGCCUCCUCUUUAUCAAAACGGAGCAGGUUGAUCAGCUGCAGGAGAGAGAUUUCUGUGACUCUGCUGCCCCCUGGUGGACUUUGCAGAUCACUGACAUUUACCCGUUCUGUCAGCUCUUUAGUUCAGAUUCUGUAAAAUGUGUUAAAUUUCACCUGGUCCGUUAUCUAACAGGUUUUUUUGCAACUAACGGGAUUUUUUACCUCUCGACUCCUUUUUUUCCUGUUUUUUAAUUUUGCUCAUUUCUCAUGUCGCGCGUUUAGAAGCUUCAGUUUUUAUAAGAGCAGAACUGUGGAGUUUUAUGCAAAUAUGUUGAUGAAUGCAGUUCAAAUGUACCUUUACAGCACCAAAUAAAUGAACUAAUAAUAAAAGAGAUUUUGUCUUAAAUCGA